ACAAAAAAAAAAAAAAAAAAAGAAAAAAAAAAAAAGAGACACCAACACAACAGUGAGAGCUGGAAAAAUGUGCAACGUCAACGCGCUCGGAGUCUACGUGUGGGAGACGAUCGUUUUCUUCAGCCUGGCAGCCUCCAAGGAAGCUGAAGCAGCAGCUCGAUCUGCCCCCAAACCCAUGUCUCCUUCUGACUUCUUGGACAAGCUGAUGGGGAGAACUUCAGGAUACGAUGCCAGGAUCAGACCAAAUUUUAAAGGCCCUCCAGUGAACGUCAGCUGCAACAUUUUCAUCAACAGCUUUGGUUCGAUUGCAGAAACAACCAUGGAUUACAGGGUGAACAUCUUCCUGCGGCAGCAGUGGAACGACCCCCGGCUGGCCUACAACGAGUACCCCGACGACUCCCUGGACCUGGACCCCUCCAUGCUGGACUCCAUCUGGAAGCCUGACCUGUUCUUUGCCAACGAGAAAGGGGCCCAUUUCCAUGAGAUCACCACGGACAACAAGCUGCUGAGGAUCUCCCGGAACGGCAACGUCCUCUACAGCAUCAGGAUCACACUGACUCUGGCCUGCCCCAUGGACCUCAAGAACUUCCCCAUGGACGUCCAGACGUGCAUCAUGCAGCUGGAGAGCUUUGGCUACACAAUGAAUGAUCUCAUAUUUGAGUGGCAAGAAAAAGGAGCAGUGCAAGUUGCUGAUGGGCUGACACUGCCUCAGUUUAUCCUCAAAGAAGAAAAGGACUUGAGAUACUGCACGAAGCACUACAACACAGGCAAGUUCACCUGUAUAGAAGCUCGUUUCCACCUGGAGAGGCAGAUGGGCUAUUACCUGAUCCAGAUGUACAUCCCCAGCCUUCUCAUUGUCAUUCUGUCCUGGAUCUCCUUCUGGAUCAACAUGGAUGCUGCUCCUGCUCGUGUGGGGCUGGGGAUCACCACCGUGCUCACCAUGACCACGCAGAGCUCUGGCUCCCGAGCAUCACUGCCCAAGGUGUCCUAUGUGAAGGCCAUAGACAUCUGGAUGGCUGUGUGCUUGCUGUUUGUGUUCUCUGCCCUUCUGGAAUACGCCGCUGUCAACUUCGUGUCCCGGCAGCACAAAGAGCUGCUCAGGUUCAGGAGGAAGAGGAGGCAUCAUAAGAGUCCCAUGCUCAAUCUGUUCCAGGAGGACGAAGCUGGUGAAGGCAGGUUCAACUUCACCGCCUACGGGAUGGGGCCGGCUUGCCUGCAAGCCAAGGACGGCAUCUCUGUCAAGGGAGCCAACAACAACAACACGGCCAACCCGGUGCCGCCGCCGUCGCGCUCGCCCGAGGAGAUGAGGAAGCUCUUCAUCCAGAGGGCCAAGAAAAUUGACAAGAUCUCCCGCAUCGGCUUCCCCAUGGCCUUCCUCAUCUUCAACAUCUUCUACUGGAUCAUCUACAAGAUAGUCCGCAGAGAGGACGUGCACAACCAGUGAGGGGAGGGGAGCAGCUGGGAGGGAGCGAGCAAUCCUUUAUAUAUGUGCAAUAGCAAUGCAGCAAUGCAUGAAUUUAAGAAUGCGGCAAUAUCUACUUUAAAAAAAAAAAAAAAAAAAGGGGAGGGGGGCUGGGAGGGAGUUUUAAUCAUGUGAACUGAGGGCGUCUGGCACAGGGAGGAGAAAAGAAGCUCUUGAUCUGGGGAGCACAGGGUGGGAGUUAGUUUUACAGCAUAGAAAGAUGUGGAUUGCUCCAGCAAUCCAAGCAGUGUAAUAUAAUAAUAUAUAUUCAUGCUUAAUUAUAAUGCAAAAAGAAAACAAAACAAAAAAAAAAGACCAACAAACACAAAUCCUUUUUUUAGCCUAUUAACAGCUUAGAUUCUCAAGUCACUGGAAUGAUUCAUGAUUCCAUGUGCAGAAACUACUGCAAUUACGCUUUAUCUGACUUUUGCUAUAGAAAGGCCAUUCCAGUCAAGCACGUGGGGGGAAAAACACCUCAAGAAAAUAAUUCUGUGCUUCUCUAGGUUUUGCACUUUGAAAACUGGAUAGAUGGGGAAACUUAAGAAAGAGGCUGUGGAUUGCUGUUUAUUUUAUAUAUUUACUUUUUUUAGUCACGGGUUUGCCGAUCAAACACUUUGUGACUUUUGCAUACAGGAAAGCAAAUACAUUAUCUCUCUCAUCCCCACCAGAGAGCAUCCAAAGGAAACCCGAAAAGGACAUCAGGGCCUUCAUCAGAAAUCACAGGUACCUUCUGUCCUUUUAAACAGCGUGGCAGGAUUCAAGUCCCAGGAGGCAGAAAUAUUAUUCAGAGCACUAGAAACGAUGAAGGAUUUUUAAAAAAGC